CGCAACUCGCUGAGAGACUGGAGUCUGCUGACUCUUGUGGAUCUGGGAACAAGAUCUGACACCAGAAAACCAAACAGAUCACCAGACAUUGCCAUUCUGCCUUUCCUCCGAGUUCCUGAGAACUGCCCACGGACAUACAACCUGAUGUCCUAUGAUCCUGAUGACGACCAGGUUCGAUGCCGACAUGGAAUCCUCAGCGAAAAAGAGUGUCACGGGUGCAACCCGCCUUCAGGCUUCCACUUGGAUCAGGAAUCUUGCACAUUACACUACUACAAUGCAAGCGCCCACCCAAGUGUUUUUGGAUUUGAGUUGGUGGUGGAAGACUUCCCGAGACGCGACAUCACACUGACCUACUCAGACGGGUCCAAGUACAACAAGGCUCCACUGCCUCGGUUUAGGGGAAGGAGAGCCGUUUCCCAACAGCCAGGGGGUAGUACAACUUCUGGGCCAUCAACUGCACAGACCACAGGAUUCAUUUCUUCUACUUUGUGGUUGUCUACAUCCGAAGCCACAGUCACAGCCUCAACAACAACCACAGCACAACCAUCCACAGCCACAGCCUCAACCAUAGCCACAGACACACAAUCAUCUGCAGCCACAACCACAACCACAACCACAGCCUCAACCACAGCCUCAACCACAGCCUCAACCACAGCCUCAACCACAGCCUCAACCACAACCACAACCACAGCCUCAACCACAGCCUCAACCACAGCCUCAACCACAGCCUCAACCACAGCCUCAACCACAGCACAAUCAUCCGCAGCCACAGCCACAGCCUCAACCACAGCACAAUCAUCCGCAGCCACAGCCACAAACAACCCUGGUCCUCUCAGUAAACUGCCUUUGCAAUUCUCUGUACUUGUGGACCCACCUGCUCCCUCAUGUAAGUACGGAGACUUCUUGCCCAAGUUAGUGGAUCCAACUCCUCAGAACGGAGAACAACUCUCCGGAGAGGUCAACAAAGAGCUGGAGAUCAGAGUCAAAGCCUUUGCUUCAAAAGCAAAAAUACAGAACGUUAUCCUCAGUGGGCCGCAGAACAUCAGCAAGCACAAGAACACGCAGGGCGAGUUCGUCAUCAGGUGGACGCCUACGGCUGACGACGUGGGAGCUUAUCACCCAAUCUGCUUUGCGGUUGAAGCAGUGAAAACGUCUGCUGUGAACAGCAUAAGCAACGGCACGGUUCGAGUCUAUCAGUCUGAGAUGAGGUGUAUCGUGGUGAAAAUCAGGUCAAAGGAUGUUGAAUCCCACGUGGUCUGCAAUGAGUCGACAAUGACAGUACAUAUUCUCAAAUCGACGCUGCAUGGAAUCACUGAGGAUCAUCUGAAGCUCAGUGAUUCCACCAACACCGCCUGCAACCUGUCGACACACUCCAACAGCACCCACGUCAUCGCCGUCGUCCCCCUCAACGCGUGCGGCACCCAGAUCGAGGAAGAUGAUGAGUUCCUCACAUUCAAGAAUGAAAUCACCAGCGUGGACAAGAGCACCGACCUGAUCACCAGGAAGCACCAGCUGGAGGUGAACUUCUGCUGCCAGUACCCCAAACGAGGAAACAUAACACUGAGCUUCACGGCGCACAGGGAGAACGUCACAGUGUGGGACAAGGGCUACGGCACCUUCACCUACAACUUCGAGUUCUACCCCAACAACCUGUACCAGCAAAGCAUCGACGGAGGCUUAUACCCUCUGGAGUAUUACCUGCAGAGCAGGAUCUACAUGCAGAUAGAGGCCACAUCUUCACUCAACAACACCGAGCUGUUCAUCGACUCCUGCAGCGCCGCACCAUUUGACAACCCCAACUACCAUCCAACCUACCCCAUCAUUGAGAAUGGGUGCAAAGUGGACCCAACUGUUGAGAUCUACACACCCGACCACAACAAACAGUUCAGGUUCAGCAUGAAGGCCUUCAAGUUCAUUGGACUAUACGACCAGGUGUACGUCACCUGUUCAGUCCUGAUGUGUGAGGCAGGAAACCCCAACACCAGGGCCUCGCAGGGCUGCAUCAACUCCACGUGGACGAGCGGUCACCAUCACAUCGGAAAGAGAGAGACUGUCAUCCAGAGCACGAACCACUUCAUUUCCCAGGGCCCCCUGCGCUUGAGGAGAUCGGUAGAGACCCCCGCAGCCACAGUGACCAACCCGGGCCUGAACCUGAACCUGGUAUUCAUCGCUGGCUGUCUUCUUGCAGUCAUCGGCAUGAUCUGCGGAGUGGUCACGUACAAGGUCAAAAUGUCAAAGGUCAACUACAAACCUCUGCUUGAAAGUUAAGACAGCGCUUGAAAACUCAGUCUUACAUGAAGUAUAUCAGAAUAUUUAAACCUUUAGUUAGAUGAUUUUUUUUCCAGUAGGUUUUUGGGUGUUCAUGUAUAUCUUCAUUCACACAUUUAAAUGAAUUAACCUUACUUAUACCUCAUUAGAAAUGUCCACAGCUACAUGUGUAUAAGCUGUGGACAUACCGCAAUCAGGAGAAAUAUAUCUGUGCAACUGGAAAAUCAUAGAGAAACUUUAAUAUGAAAUAACACUGAUAGUACUACAGCUGCUCUGUUAAUGUUAUAAGGUGUGGGAUGACAAUUAUUAUUUAUAACCGAUUCUAUUUGUAUUUACUACAGUAUGAUUUAAUGCAAAAAUGUUUAUUUUUAUGUCAUAGUCAUUAUAUUUAAGGUUUUCAAAGGCAAAUGAAUGUAAGAAACUUAACAAUAAAAUAUAUUCACGCAUA